AUGUCGUUCUUCAUUGAAAACCCUAAUGUGGGCAACCACAGCCACUUGGAAGACUCGCGAAUUGCUGGCUACAAUCCCCUCACCGCGCCCAACGUUCUCCAACAUGAGAUCGCCAUGACAGAGAAGUCACGAAAGACUGUGCUACAGGGUCGUGAUGAAGCAGUUGCAAUUGUCCAUGGCACCGACAAGAAGGAGCGCUUGAUGGUCGUCGUUGGACCGUGCUCAAUUCACGAUCCGGAUAUGGCCCUGGAAUACUGCGACCGCCUGAUGAAGCUGAAGGAGAAAUACACAGAUGACCUGUUGAUUGUUAUGCGCUCUUACCUGGAGAAGCCUCGCACUACAGUUGGCUGGAAGGGUCUGAUCAACGACCCGGAUAUCGACAACAGCUUCAAGAUUAACAAGGGUUUGCGCACAUCACGUCAGCUCUUCGUUGAUCUGACCGACAAGGGUAUGCCCAUUGCCAGUGAGAUGCUUGAUACUAUCUCUCCACAAUUCUUGGCCGAUUGUUUGUCCGUCGGCGCCGUCGGUGCCCGCACCACUGAGUCUCAGGUCCACCGUGAGCUGUCCUCGGGUCUGUCCUUCCCUGUCGGCUUCAAGAACGGCACGGACGGUUCACUGGAUGUCGCGGUCGAUGCCAUUGGCUCCGUCAAGCACCCUCACCACUUCCUAUCUGUUACCAAGCCUGGUGUUGUCUCCAUUGUGGGCACUGUCGGUAACCCUGACUGCUUCGUGAUUCUGCGCGGCGGCAAGAGGGGUCCCAACUAUGAUUCUGCUAGCAUCGCCGAUGCUAAGAGUAAGCUCGAAGCUAAGGGACUUGCACCUCGUCUAAUGGUAGACUGCAGUCACGGGAACUCUGAAAAGAACCACAAGAACCAACCUAAGGUUGCUGCUGUGCUCGCUGAACAGAUUGCUGCGGGUGAGACCGCUAUCAUGGGUGUCAUGAUUGAGAGUAAUAUCAACGAAGGUGCCCAGAAGGUUCCGCCAGAGGGCAAGGCUGGCCUGAAGUACGGUGUCAGCAUUACCGAUGCUUGCAUUAACUGGGAGGAUACUGAAUCUGUCCUGGAGGUUUUGGCACAGUCUGUGCGCGCUCGCCGGCAAAAAUUGACCGGUAACUAA